UUCGGCGUCACUUGAACAGCGCAGCUUCCUUUGCUAACCAGAGAGAGCAGCAGAGGCUAACAGCUAACACCAUGGCGUCCACUGAGAUAGCAAGGCAAGCGGGUGAAGGUGCACGUGCUGUCCCUCUGGCAGGACAUGUCGGCUUUGACAGCAUGCCUGACCAGCUGGUCAACAAGUCUGUCAAUCAUGGAUUCUGCUUCAACAUCCUCUGUGUUGGCGAGACGGGUCUGGGGAAGUCCACCCUCAUGGACACAUUGUUCAACACCAAGUUUGAGGGCGAGCCCACCCAGCACAACCAACCAGGAGUCACGCUCAAGUCCAACACCUAUGAGCUCCAGGAGAGCAACGUGCGCCUCAAACUCACCGUCGUAAACACCGUCGGCUUCGGAGACCAGAUCAACAAAGAAGACAGCUACAAGUCUAUCGUGGAGUUCAUUGAUGCCCAGUUUGAAGCAUAUCUACAGGAGGAGCUGAAAAUCAAGCGCACGCUACACAGCUACCACGACACCCGCAUACACGCAUGCCUGUAUUUCAUCGCUCCCACAGGACACUCGCUCAAAUCCCUGGACUUGGUGACGAUGAAGAAACUUGAUAGCAAGGUCAACAUCAUCCCAAUUAUUGCCAAGUCGGACGCCAUCUCCAAGAGCGAGCUGGCCAAGUUCAAAAUCAAAAUCACCAGUGAGCUGGUCAGCAACGGAGUGCAAAUUUACCAGUUCCCCACUGAUGACGAGUCAGUGGCAGAGAUCAACUCCACUAUGAACAGCCAUUUGCCAUUUGCCGUGGUGGGGAGCACAGAGGAAGUGAAGAUUGGGAACAAGAUGGUGAAGGCUCGGCAGUACCCCUGGGGAACGGUGCAGGUGGAAAAUGAGAAUCACUGUGACUUCGUCAAGCUGCGAGAAAUGCUGAUCAGAGUGAACAUGGAGGACCUGCGAGAGCAAACUCACACGCGCCAUUACGAGCUUUACCGCCGCUGCAAACUGGAGGAGAUGGGCUUUAAAGACACAGACCCAGACAGCAAGCCCUUCAGUCUUCAGGAGACAUACGAAGCUAAGAGGAACGAGUUCAUGGGCGAGCUGCAGAAGAAAGAAGAAGAAAUGAGGCAAAUGUUUGUCCAAAGAGUCAAAGAGAAGGAGGCCGAGCUCAAAGAAGCAGAGAAAGAGCUGCACGAGAAGUUUGACCGUCUGAAGAAACUCCACCAGGACGAGAAAAAGAAGCUGGAGGACAAGAGGAAGUCCCUGGACGACGAGCUCAACAUGUUCAAACAGAAAAAGACUGCUGCAGAGCUCUUGCUGAACCAAGCCCAGCAGGCAGGGGGCUCCACCACACUCAAGAGGGACAAAGAGAGGAAAAACUGAUGUGACGCCGUGCCUGUUAAAAAAGGAAGAAGACACUUGCACUGAGAAGGUUCUUGUUGCUUUAUUAUUUUUCCUCCCUGUUAAUAUAUUUUCUUCACAGCAACACACUUCUUCUCUGUAUGAGCUCUGCCUGGAAAGUUCCUCUUCCAAAAGGGGACGCUGUGCAACUUAAGUUUGUCUGUGGGUCACUGAUUAAAACUGACUAGAGAGUUCUUACACUUCAGGUGUUAAAGGGAUAGUUCAGAUUGUUCUGAAGUGGUAUUGUAUGAGAUACUUAAAGAUGUACUGCUGUGGAUGAGGCAGCAGCAAAACUUAUUUUGGCUGUGUAAGUUUACAUUUACGCAAUAUUUAGAAUAUUCUUACCACUGUACUAUGCUGCCUGACAGCCCUCUCUGAUGGUAAACUGAGUCUAUUAUCUUAGUUCUCUUUAAAGCCACCAGACUCCCUUGAUAAAAACAGAAAUCUUACCUCGCAGAUUACAGGAGUUUCUGGUCUACCACUGUUAUUGUGUGAUUUUGAUGAAUUCAACCUAACUCUUUAAACCUCCAAAGUCUCACAAUAACACAAACAAACUAAAUAAAUCAAGGUAGCAGGAGACCAGCAACUCCUGUGUUCUGCAAGUUAAAAUGUGAAAGAAGUCUGUUAGCUUUGAAGAGCGCAUAAUGUCUUCAGUUCCCCAGUUGAAAGGGUUGUCUGGCAAGGUAGAGUGGUAAAAAUAUUCAAAAUAUAGCGUAAACUUAUAUUGACUUUGUUUGUCUGGCUAAAAUAUGUUUUGCUGCUGCUCCCAUCCGCAGCAGUACGUUAAUCAACUUCUUUGUUGGUACUCUUGCCUGAUUCUCCAAACUGGGAGCCUUCUAAAGGCUAUCUACUGUAAUACACUGACUCUAAGUACCUCAUACAACCAUACUUUAAAAACAAACAAAAAAAAAAACAUUUAAGAGUUCUUGUACUUUAAGUGUCAACACGGAUUAUCUGUCAGUGUUUUUUCAGUUCCCAGACGACCAAUUAUGGAUUACUGCUUGUUGUGUACAUGUGAAUCUGUCCUGUGAGUGCAUGUGUCACCUAUGUUGCCUCCAUAAUGUUUUCCAGUUAACUCCUCCCACAAUUGCUGCAUGCUGCAUGGGGCAUCUUUUCUGGUAAGACACCACCAACAAUCUUACAAUACAACUCUGGAAAAUAUAAACGAGGUAUCAGACUUUUCACUUCUGACAUGAACACAAGUAAAUCAUUACUCAAAUUAGACUUGGAGAAAAAAAAGAAGGUCAAAUGUCGUCAAAAUGGCAUCUUGGAUUUAGUGUUUGGAGAUUUAAUCCAUCCUGCAGAUGCUCACUUUUUUUUCUUCCCAUCAUUGACUGUGACACCCUGCCGCUGGCCUAAAUAUAGAGCAGGCUGUUCACACAUCUACCUUUCUGCUUCUCCACAGUAGGAUUUAACCACAAUCAAAUGAACCUUCAAACGCUGUUAAAACUACCAUAUAAAUUCACAUGCAUUUAAUUUGCUUUAAAAGGCAUUUAAAUGUGAUAAAUGAGCCCAGUAAUUCCGAUGUUUGAGUGUUGCAGGCCCACAGUAUAUCACUGGUAACAUCUGUGUCGAUCAUAUCCUUGAGCUGGCAGUGUUUACCGUCCUGGUGCCAGCUUCUAAAUCAGCCAGUUUAUUAGCUCCCCGCACACCCAUUUGAUAUACUUCCCCAUCUGCCUCCCUAAAUCCACAACAGUCUCUUUUUUGUGGCUCUCCAACGUCCUUCCCCACCCGGCCCUGCAGUCGCACAAAGAGCCAUUCAAGGCUGAACUGAGACUAACAGGUCACACCAGAGCAGCAAACAGCCUCGGGGCCCAGCUCUGUUUGUGGAGAUGACAUGUUUUGUUGAUCUCGCAGCCAUAUGACGACCCCCUCCGCAUCCCCCUCCCUCUUGAGUGGAUACAAAAGCCAAAUCCACAGAGAGAGAUGUUGUUAAGACUCAACCGCUGGGGAGGGUAGAAGUGAACGAAGACAUCUGUCUCGCAAUCUGUAAACUCCUCAAGCAGCUCAGGACUGCUAAAAUAGAUGAAAACAAGCUGCUGUUUGAUGAGGAAGACAAUCAGAUACAUUGUUUAAAGCUCAGAGGUGGGACGAAACCUCUAAAAACUGAAAAAUACAGUUAUUUUUGACUGUACUUGCACCCUAACCUCUGUACACUCAAACCUUUUAUGUUUCCUUGAAAGCACGAUCUCCUCUAAACGCCAUCUGGUCACUAAUGUUGAUGUGAUGUCACCCAUGUGAAACAGUGUGUGUCGUGAUGAUGUUUUAACUCAAAAGAAAGCAAUAACAGCCCUUCUCUCUCAUUUCCAGCAUAGGAUUCCUGUAAAAAAAGUGCUCCCUUGUGGCCAUCCUGCUGUGAAUGAGUUUCCACCCCAUCAUCCUUUUACCAUGCCCCUUCCCCACCCUCACCCUCACCCAACCCCCUAUAAUUCAACCCUCCACAUGCCCCACCCUGCUCUCUGGAAGACGCUGGGCAUUGCUAUCAGUUUGACAUCACUUGUUUUUGCUGAAUGAUGCUUGUAUGUUAUAUGGUUUUUACAAGCAGUUAUUCGGCUUGUUUUUUUAUACGAAUUUACAAAAAAAUGCAUUCCAUGUUUGUUUUAUAUGAAGUGAUUAAUUGCAUGAUGGAGUGAGCUUUUAAAAAAAAAAUAUUAACAGACAUGACUACUGUUGUGAUGGGCAGAAUUGUAUUGAGGGUAAAGUGAAACAUGCAUCAGACGAUGGGAGCUGAGUAUUUACAGUAUUUGUGGUCAAACAUCUGCUGUAGAUUACAGAAACUAAAGAAUUAAACCAGCUGAGAUUUGAUGAAAGAAUGGAUUAAGUUAAUGUUGAUCCAACUUCAGAUUAAAGGACAGCAAACAGCUUAGUGAUUCUCAAUUUUCAAAUCUUUAAAAACUGCAUGUAACAGCUGUCUCGGAAAUAACUACUUAUCCUCACAUUGUGAACAACAAUCACCAACAUACUUGUUAGGAUUUAGUCACUGUCGGUACAGCUGCAAAGAUUAAUAUAUUAGUUCUUGAUAGGACUAGCCAAUAUAUUAAUAUUACAUUGAUAUUGUGAUAUGAGACUAAAUAUCUAUGGCAUGUGUCGACUUUUCCUUGUUUUUAAAGCUGCACUACAUUAAAAUGGUGUUAUUUUCUGGAUUCACUGUUAAUUAUAAUCUAUAAUUUGGUUUUAGGUAGGGCUUAUUUUAGUAGCAAAUACAUUGUUUCCUCUUGCAGCUUCACAAUAAAAGUCACCCCAUGUUUCACUAGGUGAAGCAGCAGCAAGGGAAAGUUGAAGUCGUUUAAAAAAAGCUCUGAUCCGGCUGUAAGAUUGUGAGCAGUAAACUGUAAGGCUGAUAUCAAUUAAAUAAAAUACUAAAAAACAUGCAUGCACCUUUCCCGGUAAUCCACCAUAUGUGUGAGGGCAAAAUUAAUCCACCUUGGAAUCGGUGGAACCUGCCACUAACAUUGAAAACUAUAAUGUAAAAACAUCGAAUGACUGCUGCAGGAAAAAAUGCAGAGCAUGAAUAACAUCAAAAAGUGGAUUUGAUUUCACGAAAAACAUAAAACGUUCCACGGACUUUCAGGUCAGCCAUAUAGACUUUAGAGUUACAAUAAGAAUAGAUUCUGAGAUUUAACAUGUUUUGGUAUUUCUGUCCUUCGGCUGAUGGUGUUUCACUUUAACCAGAUGCAUGAGUAGUUGUGAGCCUAAUCUCUUUGCCACUUCUCCCAUACCUCAUUCAUUGUCAUGUGUUAUGUGCAUACUUGUAUUAGCUUUCACAUUUGCACUUUUUUAUUCACAAAUGUGAUGUUUUUUAAAAAGUAUAUAUAAUAAUGUUGUCAGUGCAAUUGUAACUUUCCUUUUUAUUUUGCUUACUAUGAAGGCACAAUUUAAUGUUUGUAUUAGUGUUACACAUAAAAUUUAUAUUACCUUUAAAAAAAAAAAACAUAAAUAAAGGCCAAUUUUUCACCAAAUA